GAUUUGCCGGAAUGCGGGUGGGAAAGUCUAACAUACAGCCCACCUACUUGGCAGUAGUGACCUGAACCGAGCCAGUUAGAGUUCCUGUGGGUAGCGGAGUGAAGAACUUCUUUUAAUUCAGCGCUGUUUUUAAGUUGUGUUAAAGCUGUGUGAUAGUUGUAUAUGUUCCUGGGGUUUCUUUUCAGUUCAAUCUGCCAGCCAGCAGCAGCAGCGGGAAGGCUAGCAGGGUUGUGUUUGUUGCUGAGGUGGCUAAGCUGCUCUGGAGGGAUUGCACUGGCUAACUGGGCUAACCUUCACCUUCCCUAAAAACUGACAGAAAGAAAGAAAACUUAGUUUUUGACAGUUCGCGCUUCAGAAGACCAAUAUGAGGAUCACAGUGGAUUUUGAGGAAUGUCUCAGAGACUCUCCGCGUUUCAGGGCCACCAUUGAAGAGGUGGAGGGAGAUGUAUGUGAGCUGGAGGCCAAAUUAGAUAAGUUGGUGAAGCUGUGCAUUGGGAUGAUCGACGCUGGCAAAGCGUACGUCACGGCCAACAAGCAGUUUGUGAACGGCAUCCGGGAAUUAGCGCAGCAGUCAGGUGAAGAUGAGGUCAUCGAGUCGAGUCUGACGAAAUUUGCUGAGAGUUUGCAGGAGAUGAUCAACUAUCACACAAUUUUAUUUGACCAGGCACAGCGCUCGAUCAAAUCACAACUUCAGAUGUUUAUAAAAGAGGACCUGCGCAGGUUUAAGGAGUCGAAGAAGCAGUUUGAUAAAGUGAGUGAGGAGAAGGAGGUGGCGCUGAUCAAAAACGCUCAGGCUCCCAGAAAUAAACAACAUGAGGUGGAGGAAGCUAGCGGCAUCCUCAAUGCUACACGCAAAUGCUUCCGCCAUAUUGUCCUGGAUUACGUCCUCCAGAUUAAUCUUCUGCAGUCUAAGAGACAAUCAGAAAUCCUCAAAUCGAUGUUGUCCUUCAUGUACGCCCACCUGACCUUCUUCCACCAAGGUUAUGACCUGUUCAGUGAACUUCACCCACUAAUGAAACACCUCGGGGGGCAGUUGGAGCAGUUGAUGAUGGAUGAAGCUAAGGAUAAGAGGGACAUGGAAACAAAACACUCCACUAUUCAGCAAAAGGAUUAUUCGAAUGACGACACCAAGCUGGAGUACAAUGUGGACGCCGAGAACGGGAUCAUUAUGGAGGGUUAUUUGUUCAAGAGGGCUAGUAAUGCCUUCAAAACAUGGAACAGGCGCUGGUUCUCAAUUCAGAACAAUCAGUUAGUGUACCAGAAGAAGUUUAAGGAUAACCCCACUGUGGUGGUGGAAGAUCUGAGGCUGUGUACGGUUAAACACUGCGAGGACAUCGAGCGCCGCUUCUGCUUUGAGGUGGUUUCACCCACAAAGAGCUGUAUGAUGCAGGCUGAUUCUGAAAAGCUGAAACAGGCGUGGAUCAGAGCCAUGCAGAACAGCAUUGCUACGGCCUUCAGAGACAGAUCAGAUGACUCAGAGAAGUUGGACAGGAAGUCGUCGCCGUCCACAGGAAGUUUGGAGUCGGACCUGAGAGAGAAGAGUCUGAAAGGAGAAGGCGCCUUACAGAAGGUCAUGGCUAUCGCAGGAAACAGUACGUGCUGCGAUUGUGGCCAGCCAGAGCCCAAAUGGGCCAGCAUUAACCUGGGGAUCACGCUGUGUAUCCAGUGUUCCGGCAUCCACAGGAGUUUAGGUGUUCAUUUCUCCAAGGUGAGAUCUCUGACUCUGGACACGUGGGAGCCAGAACUGCUGAAGUUAAUGUGUGAGCUUGGAAACAGCGUCAUAAAUCAGAUUUAUGAAGCUCGCAGGGAGGAGCUCGGAGCACGGAAACCACAACCAGGAGACUCCAGGCAGGACGUGGAGUCGUACAUUAGAGCCAAGUACGUCGAUCGACGGUUCAUCAGAAUGCCAUCAGACGAAGAACUGAAGCUGAAGAUCAUGGCUUUGAGCGUGGAGCAGAAACGACUCAGUGACUCCUCCGAACCACAAACACGACAAGCAACACAACCCACGCGCACACAGAAAACACAACCAGAGUCCGGAGCUGCAGCUGCGAGUGACCUUGAAGUUUCCAGCGAAUCUCUCUUCUGUCCUGCUGAGUUAGAUUCUCUCUUCUCCUACUUUGACGCGUCUGGCCAGCGCAGUAUUAAAAGUGCAGACGGUGGCAUCACAAACAAAGCUGAAGGAUGCCCCGGGGUUGCAGACACCAGCCAGAACCAUACAGAAGUAGAUGAGUCUCAGUCCUCCACAUGUAGCAGUAAGGAGAAGCUGGUUUUCUCCGAGCCAAAGCAGUUCUGUCCCAACCUGCAGCUGUACUGGGCCUCAUUCACACGCAGCCUCCCUGACAUGGCCGAGGCUCUGGCACAUGGGGCAAAGGUCAACUUUAUCAACACAGAGGAAGAGAAGAGAUCGCCGCUGAUCAUGGCUGUCCACGGAGGCUCUCUGGUCACGUGUGAGUUUCUGCUCCAGAAUUCAGCCAGUGUCAAUCAGUGUGACAGUCAGGGCAGAGGACCACUACACCAUGCCACCAUCCUCGGACACACUGGACAAGUGUGUUUAUUCCUGAAGCGUGGAGCCAAUCAGAAUGCAGCGGACAUCGAAGACAAAACGCCGCUGUCCAUUGCAGUGGAAGCGGCUAAUGCAGAUAUCGUAACGCUGCUGCGAUUGGCCAAGAUGAAUGAAGAGAUGCGAGAGUCGGAGGGACCAUACACGGGUCUAACAGGUCAAUAUUCCUCUAACAGUCCCACUGAGAUCCAGUACAGGAAGUGUAUCGAAGAAUUUAUUUUCUUACAGCUCGGAGACUCCUGACAGUCUCGUAUUUCUUAAUAACCAUGCUGCUGUGAAAUUCUGGGUUCUUGAUUUUCUUAAUUUUCUAGAACAGCAGCUCUGACAGUAGUGCAGCUGCAAAUCACAGGUUUACAUUAAUGCACUCGUUAUUGUUUCUAUAGUAACAGCUCAUUCACAGGGACUUGUACAGCCGACUCUCCGCAUAAACAGAUUAAAGAAAACUAUGAUAUGGUGAAGUUUUCUGUAAGGAGACAUUUAUUUAAGAGAGUCUCCAGUGUCAGAGUUUUGUCAGUCAGAGGUAAUGCUGUAACUUUGUGACAUAUUUUCUGACAUCUUGAGGCAAGAGGAGUUCACGUUUUCCUGUUUCUCAGUAACAAAAAAAAAUGACAAGCUGCAGGUUUUUUUUUUGUCUUAACUUCGAGAGAGAGAGAAAAAAGAGGCUGGUGAAUGAACGACUGUUUAUAGCUGCUGUGAUGGCAGUGAGAACAGGAACUACGACCUGGAUUGUAGUUAACACUACUUUGUUUACGCAUAUCGGAGAAGCGGUAACGAGUGGCAUUGUUCACAUACUCGCCUGCGUACUUCAUGUACAUCGGGAAGAUUCACUAGAUAACACGUCACUGCAAAAGCAUCCCAGUUUCCAAGUGGAACUGUAAAAUAUUUAGAGAUUUUAAGCACAAUGAUGUUAAACACACUGAUGAACUGUUUCUCUUAAUGUUCUGCAGUCAUCGUGAUUGUUGUCAUGAGCUGUGUCUCAAAUCGAAAACUUUUUGAUUAGCCUUUACAUUCAAAAAGAUUUACUAGAAGAUCCAGAAGACUGGUCCAGAAACAGACCUUUCUAUAGGUUUGAUUGCAACAUGAGAGGUUUUUAAAAUUCAAACUCUAACCAUUACAUUAAAACUGGUUAGUGUUAGUACUCGAUACUAACUGGGUGAUACGAGGAUAUAAUAUCGAUAUCAUGACAAAGUAGGUCACGAUACACUUUUCUGACAUACAGUAUUGCAGGUAUUUCUAACAUUUAUUUUCACAACAGCAAUGACAAACUCUGAUUGGAAGCAGCUGAUUUGAUGUUAAAAUUUUGAACUGUACUUUUUCUAUUCACUUAUUUUUUAUUUAUUUUUUUUACUAGUAAAAAUUAUUCAAAUUAUUAGAAUUUAUUUAUUUUAAUAAAUUAUUUUUAAAUUUAUUUAGAAUUUAUAAUUUUACAUUUAUUUUUCAGUUGAAAUUAAUUUAUUGUUGUAGACAUUGUAUGCAAACAACUUUUGUGGAUAUAUACAUUGGGGUCCAAAACUCUGGAACCACACUGAAAAUUUGGGAUUUUUUUUCACUUAAAAUUGGAAAUAAACAGAAGGAUUUAGAAUUUUAAAAUAUUUAAAACAAAGAAUGAAACUGUUCAGUAUCUUGAAUAUUUAAUAUUCAAGAUUCUGCACUAUUUCUAGGUCACUAAAUGUAAGCAAAUUUGUAAUAUUGAUCUUGUUAACUGCUUUGUACAAAAGGUCAGAUUUUCCUCAUGCCUAGUCUCUGCUGUUGAAGCAUGGACUUGAUCUGUAAUGGACUUGAUCUAAAUGGAUCAUAAGGUUUUGCACAGACUUGUGGAGUCCAUGCCAGCUCGAGUGCACAGUCAUUAAAGCGAAAAGGGGACAAACCAAAUACUAAGAAACUCUGAAAUUCAUGUUUCAGAGAUUCUAUUUUUCACUCAAGUUGUUGUCAGUAACAUAAUUUGUAACGAAAUUGUUGGAUUAAAUUAGAAAAUAAUGCAAAAUAGAAGCAUUUUAGCUAGUGCGCUCAGAUUUUUGAACCCCACUGUAUUUUUUUUUUAUGCAACACUAAUCAUAUUGUAGAAGGGUAUUGUGAUAUGGUAUUUUUGUCGUAUCGCCCAUCCUUUGUUAGUCCUCAGCGUCUAGAACAGUGCAUAAGUAUGUGAUUUGAGACACAACACUAGUUUUUGUCAGUUGCGGUCACAUGGUGAUAUCCUGCCCCGCUGUUUACGCUGGUAUUGCUGCAUGCGGACACGAAGCGGUAAUUUCUAAGCAACACUCCAAACGACUGCAGAAUACAUGUGACAGCCGUCUUGCGUGCAUGUGCACAUAGUUAAAAUUAACAUCAAAAUGAACUAUAAACAGAUAAAAAGUGCAAAGUCUAAAUAAAAAUUAUAAUUGUUGUUAAAUUGCUGUGAGGAAGAACACUGGGACGUGCGGUGGUAACAGUAUCUCCGCUUCAUCUCAGCACACAGUCGCACACAGGUGAUUAUUUACACACAGUUUGUGUUUGUUUAGUCCCGGAUUUCUGCAGAAUAACUCCAUUAAAGCACUACAGACAUGAGGAUGAAGAUACAGGUUAUACAGUGCCAUGACACGUUAACGUCAAGCACUUUGUGUUAAUGCAGUCAUUAAUGCUGGUAAAAACAUUCCUGAGUUAUUUCAUUUAGAGCUGCAACUAUUUCUAGAUCUCUGUUUAGAUCUGUUUUAUAUACAUUAAAUCAUCUUCACCGCUCAGCUGUAAAUGUGUCAUUUUAUCAUUUUGUAAAUUCUGCUCUUUAUCCUGAGCAGCACGGAACACACACCACACACAGUGUCUUAUUACACCUGAAAUCAUUUUUAAAACUAAUUUAUGUAGUUAUUUAGUUACUUAUUUUUAUGGCAAGUGAUCUUUGCAUACUUUUUUUUGUGAAAUAUUAGUGUGUAUAUAUAAAUAUAAAUAAUAUAUUUAUUUAUUAGAGGCUAUUUAAGACAGUUGAAUGUACAUUAUGUAUAUGUAUUAUAUGCAAAAAGAAAUUGUGGUAAACACAAACUGUUAGUUUUAUGUGCCUGAUUAAUUAUAAUAGUGCAGAUUAAACACAGUAGAGGAGUGUGCGCGUGUGUGCGCGCGUGUGUGCGCGCGUGUGAGCGCGUGUGUGCGCGCGUGUGCGCGCGUGUGUGCGCGCGUGUGUGCGCGCGUGUGUGCGCGCGUGUGUGUGUGUGUGUGUGUGUAAAACCACUUUAUAAAAAUUAGAAAAUGGGUUUAAUAGGUAUGUGUGCAUAUAUGCUUGUCUAUUCAUUGCAUUUAUGUUUAUUUUUUUAUAAAUCCCCAUUCAUUCUGACACUGACGCUAACACAUGCUGUGUUUGAGAUUUCUGUACUAAUAUUUCUUCUUUGCUGCACUUUAUUUUGUGAUUAGUGAGUGACAAACAAACCCUUUAAUAUUUAAGAUCCAAUAAACAUGUCUGUUUCUCUACACA